AUGAGCAGGACUCUUCACUCAUUGAGUUAUCAAGCUGAUAGAACAGUGCACUGGAGGUAUUGGAACAAGGAGGUUAAUAAGCUGUCAAUUUACAACCAGAAGAUACUUGCAGCAAAGGCAGCAGAAGCCCACAAUGACCAGGCAGAGAGAAUUGGCACUGAGAGGAUUGUGAGGAGGCCAUUCUUGAUGAAAAAUGCACAAAGUGCAUUGAUCAUCACACAUGCCAAGAUUGAAUCAUUCAAUGCAGUCAGAUAUUCAAUUUGCAAAUGCCUGCACUCACUAGCUCUUACCUGGAAUGGAGCCAUGCUCAAGCCUCAAUGCCAGCUAGGGGGCAUUUUGUGGAGAGCAUGGAGGCUGAGGAUCUGGGAAAUGGAUCAAGCACUGGAACUUCAAGAGUGCAUGUGGUGGACAUGCACUGAGAAAGUGAAUCUUGUAAUCAGUGCAGAUGACUCCUACAUCACCUCCACACUUGUGAGGCAAGGAUUCGUGCUGUGCUCCCAAAUCAGACCUUCCAUGGCUAUCAUGAUCAAUGCUCUUGAACUAUACUGUGUUGCUCACCUCCAUAGUCUGCAUCUCUCCAUUCAGGCCUUUGUCAAGACCAUCUGUGAUGUACAAGGUUUCUCCAUCACACUUGAUCUAUACCUCAACAUCUUAAAUGGAGUGGAAGCCCUUGCUAUGGAAGCAUUGUCUAGGACAUCUGAUGACUGGCACUUGCAGUAUGCAUGUCCUGUGUGCACCUACAAGUUGAAAGACAAGCCCUGUCUCAAGUUCAAGAUCCUAUAUGCUAUGGAUGGUAAUGAUUCCUUGAAAUGUAUACUCCAUUGCACUGUGGAAGAUGAAGACUCACACAAUGCUGCCUACAACUCAAAAGGUACCAACAACAUGCUACCUCUCUUUGCUCCCAUUCAAAUUACAAGCAAGGGCAUCAAGACAGGAGAUGAGAAUCCAUGCACUGGUCAUUGGAAGAACAUGGACAAGCAGAAGAUGCAACAGACAUGGGGAGUCUAUGAUGAUAGUGGGAUAUUCCUGGCCAUUUGCUGGCAUGGGAUGUCAUUGCUCAUUGCUGAUAUGGUACAGAGCAGAGAACUUGCCAAAUAUCCAAUUGCCAUUGUGUCAAGGUUGAUGAAGGUAUUUGGGGCUGAUCUUGGAGGUGGAUAUGACAUCAGCUGUCAGUUUUCUACCACCCUUGCAAAGAGUGUUAUUGGCAAGGAUGUCAAGCAGAAUCAAUAUUCCUGCCUGGUCCCAGUGUUUCAUGGUCAUGCUCACCAGCAAUGUGAGGAAGUAUAA